AUGCCCCCCAAAAUCCCCCUACUCCCCCACUCACCAACCUGGCUUACCCACUUCACCCUUCAAAAAUCCCACCUCACCACCCUCCUCUCCCCCCUCCUCUCCACAGACACCUACCGCAUCGAGCACGUAGGCAGCACCUGCAUCCCAGACCUCCCCGCAAAACCCGUGCUGGACAUCGAUAUCUUCGUGCCCCGGCACCUAAUCGAGGCCGUGCGUGCUCGAUUAGUGGAGAAAGGGGGAUAUAUGGAUUUAGGCGAACUAGGGAUUCAGGGACGGUGGGUGAUGAGACAGCCGGGGUAUGGCGCGGAGGAUGUGGCUGGGGUGGUGGAUGAGGAUGAGGAUGUUAGUGAUGGGAAAAGGGAGGGAGAGGAGAAAGGGAAGGCGGGGAUGAGGAUUAAUACGUAUGUAGUUGAGGAGGGGUGUGUGGCGGGGAGAAACCAUGAGGAUGUUAAGAGGGUGUUGCUCCAAUACCCGGAUUUGAGGAAGGAGUAUGGGGAUGUGAAGAGGGCGGUUGUGGAGAGGACGGUGGAUAUGGAUGAGUAUGUUAGGGGGAAGAAUGAGGUUGUCCUAAGGAUUUUGGAGAGGGCCGGGUGGAGUGAGGGGGAGUUGGAGGGAGUGAGGAGGGCGAAUGAGUAG